CUUCGGUUCUUUGGGACGCUCGGAAUUUGCAAGACUGGCGAACCAGACACAUGUGAACCUGGUCAAGUAGAGUGAAAUCUUUCAUCGUUCGCCGAUGAUACCGAUAUGGCCUGGAUGGAAAUUGAGAAUGAAAGUCCGAGCAGGACCACUUCUUCCAUACAACAAACACACACAUUACACUCAAUCUUCUCUGGACAUUUCGGCAACUUAACAUCAUGGCAUAUCAUCAGAAAAACGACUCGGGGAUCUGCCUCGAAGGGGAUUUGGACCCCAAACAACCACAGCCCGCAAAGGAUUGUGGACUGAAUCCAUCAAUCACGUCCGGUCCACCGCCACUCUACCCACGAAUCUGCCGAGGCAUUCACUACAGUCAAUUGACCAAAAGCGAACGAUCAAGAUGGCUCCCCGGUUGGUUCAAUAUCCCAAUCCUACCCCACGAAAGCUCAAAGGCCAAAACCCUCUCGGGAUAUCCAAUUCCAUAUUUUUACAACAUCGCUCCAAAGCCAGACUCUCACAUGAACCAGCCACCUCGAGAGCAACUACAGCCAGUCAACAAGGAGCCCCUUGUCUCCGAACCAUCUGAACCAAAGCGGCGUAGAAAUCCGCGGCAGGAGAAGGCUGAACGAUUCUUCGACAUGUUUGGUGGCAGGACUCCGAGAGGGUUUGAGAAAUUCCUGCGAGAAUACCCUUCCGAAUAUGAGCAUGAGCUAAUCGAGUAUCUACGAUGGCAUGCUGCGGAGGUCAUGGAGGAGCUGACCAUGCUCUCUCGGCAUCACGGACCACUGCGUCCUGAUCCAUGUGACCGGGCUCGACCAUCUGGGCCGAAAAAAGGAAAGGAGGAACUUCCCGAGCGAUGGUUCAAUAGUAUUGAGGAGGCCUGGGCUCAUAGACCUAGACUUGCACAGGACGAUUCACCAGAAUGGUCCCUUUUGUGGAUAUCCUGAUGUGUCUAUCGGAGAGGGGGUUUAUAUUUUUGUAAUAUUAUUAUAAGAAGGAAAGAGCUCCUAUCUCCUAUCUGCCUUGGAUUUUAGUCUGGCGAUACAGCGAGCGGGCGUUUGAUUGAAAGGAGCACUGGAGCGGCGGCUGUGUUGAAGGCUUGGAGUCGGCGGUAUGCAUUGCAUGGAGUUGGUCAAAACAGCGUCUGGAUCGGUCAAAAGGCGCGGAGAAUCAAAUGCAAUUAGUUUAUAUUCAAUCUUCCAACUAU